AUGACGCGGUGUAUUCGCAAAGGCCUCGGCGACCAAUGCGUGGAUGGGUACCGCAAGAAGGCCAAGUAUCUUUUGGAAGAGGAUGAUAUUCCCUCGCCGAUGCACCAGUCCAUGACGUCGGACAGUGGCCAACCGAACGAAAUGUUUGUGAACAAUGUUCCAGACAAUAUGACGAUGGCCAACCCUGCGAAUUCGUUCUCUUCACCAUCCAUCUUUAAGCAGGCGCCCCCGGGUGGAUUUCCUCGUCCGGACUCGAUGCCGGCGACCUUUGACCCCACAGCUGGUUUCGGGUUCGACCCAACGUCGCUCGAGUGCUCAAUCCUUUCCUCCAUGCUGCACGAAGCUGAUUCGAGCAUACUCAGCGGUGAUUCACCCGACGUACCCACCGCACCGGCUAUGGACCUGAUGGACAACUAUACCCAUUUCAACCACAUUUCUUCCAAUGCCCCUUCUGCCGAGGAGGGCUCCAUGCCCCCGCAAUUGUCUAGCUGGAAUGUCCAGCAGCCGCCUGUGCGCCCCAUGCCCGACCAGCACCCCGUCUCGGGCGAGUUCAACAAAAUGCCCGUGUACCCUGACCAAGGCAUACCUGGCCGGGCGCCGGGCACAUACGAGGACCAACGCAUGCUCAGCAACCCCUCGUCGAACAUCAGCACUAGCUCUGUUUUUCCUCCUGGCAAUCUGUCGCAGAGCGACAAAGGCACAUCGCGCAGCGACGAUGCCAGACGCACGUCGGAAAACGACGCUGGGGCCGAAGCCGCCUGGGAGCAGCGCGUGGCUAAGGUGUACAGCGACAACACACAGCCCUUCCGCUACACCGAGGGCUACCACAUUCUGCUCAAAUAUGUCACGCAAAAGUACGAGAAGGCCGACGUACUCCGCAUUGUACGCGCCCUCGCCAUCUUCCGUCCGUCGCUGAUUGCACUGCAGAUGGCGCUCAGCCGGGAGGAUGAAGUGUUUGUGGAACGUGCGUUCCAGCGCACCAUUCUCGAAUUCGAGAAGCUGAUUUCUUUUUCGGGCACGCCUACUGUCGUAUGGCGCCGCACCUGCGAGAUUUGCUUGGUUGGCGCCGAGUUCUGCAUGCUCACCCAGUGGUCUAAGGAGGACUUGCUGGGGAAGUACAUUUACCAGUUUAUGGACAAGGACUCGGUACUGAACUAUUGGUACGUGCCGCUGACUCACACCAGGGAGCAAUUUGCCAGCCAUGCAUUUGAAAACACCACACCGUCCGUGAUGACGACCUGUGUGUUGCUGAACCCGGCAGGGAAGCCGAUUCCGUGCACGUGGUGCUUUACCAUCAAGCGUGAUCCAUUCGACUUGCCUGGUUACGUGGUGGGCAACUUCCUCCCGAUCCUGUCGUAG